AUGCCACUACACGGUCUGAUGAAAACUACUUCAAGGUCUGAAAGCGUGAACUCAUUCUUUAAUAAAUACUCUAACUCUGGUAAUUUGCUUAUCUAUUUCAUGAUGAACUACGACACCGCAAUUGGAAAGCAACGAAAUGCUCAACAGAAACUAGAACAUGAUACAAAAAAUGCAAAGCAUGAAAUGACGCUUCCAAGUGGCUUACUAGAACAUGCAGCUGCGGUUUACACAAAAAAAAAUUUCUAUGAGGUCAAAAAGGAAAUAUUUAAAGCAGCCCGGUACUGUUCUAUCGACAGUGUUGAAAAGAUUGAUGGGUGGCAAGUUGUUAUGAUUACACAAACGGAUAAGAACAAACAGUUGAAGAUAAAAUGCAAGGUUGAACUAAAGUUGCCUGAAAAAGAAGUUAAAUGUUCAUGCAAUCACUUCAUACGUACUGGCAUUUUGUGUCGUCAUAUUUUUGCUGUAUUGAAAAACAACCAUAUUGAAGAGAUUCCAGAUCAGUAUAUUCUAAGAAGAUGGAGAAGGGAUGCAAUUUCCAGCCAUUUGUUUGCCAUGAAACAUGUUGCCAUGGAAAUAGAAGAUGACACCUUUAAACUUUUAACAGAGGCAUACAACAAUAUUGAAUACUGUUUGGAUCAUUUCAAAAGAAGAAAAGAGAAAUUGUUGGAGUUUGUUGAAAAAACACGUACGUUGAAGCAGGCAGCAAUGGAGUUUGCCAGUUCCAACCAAACAUCAUCUGAUAACGAUGAAGAAGAAAUUAUUCGGAUGCUUGGAAUACGCAGCAUUCCUGAUGAAAUAAAUAUCCAUCCACCUGCAUCUAUACGUACCAAAGGUAGUGGAACUAAGAAAAGAAUGGUUAGUGCUAUUGAGAAAGCCGUUGCAGCUACAAAGAAAAAAACCAGAAUGUGCACAGGUUGCAAUCAAUAUGUUAACCAUAAUUGGAGGACUUGCAAAGUAAGACUUGCACGAGAGUCAAAAGCAGCUUAA